AUGUCGAGAUUUUUUGAGUCGAUUGAUGAAGAGAAGGAGAAGGCAGGGCGAAGCGAGCUAAGAGAAAAAGUAUAUGAUACAGAUGAAAAAAUGGGCAAGAAGGAGAAGAGGCUGUGUGAUCUGCAGUGCAAGGUAAAGGAGCUUGAGGAAGAGAGUAACCAGAAGGUCUUUGAUAAGCAGUUGAAGAAAAUGCUUGUUGAUGUAAAGAAGGCGGAAAACUGCUUUGGAAGGAGAGUGCCGGACUUUCUCAAAAUGUUUUUUGCAUCUGACAGAGUGGAAAGGUCGACUCAUAAGAAGGCAAUUGAUGAAUUUAUGUCUAAGUACGAAUGCACGGAGGAACCAAUUGAGGAGAAGGAGAAUCGAAAGAUUGAGGAGAAGAUAUGCAAGGAUUUGAGUAAGAUACUUGUGAUAAGAGAUGGAGAAGAGAGGAAGAAAGAGUUGGAGGAGUUUAAGGGAAGUACAAGAGACGAGACGAUGAGAACCAAGGCCCUGAUGGCACUUCUUUCAAUUUAUGUAAAGACUGGUAAUGGAGCAAAGAUGCUUGAGAUAAUGAACGAGAUACUCGAUUGCUUUGUGGUUGAUCUGAAUGCAAGUGCAGCAAGAGUAAUGCUGUUAGAUAAUGUUGAUUUCUAUCUCGGAGUGAUAUAUGAGAAGCUUGAUGAACUGAUGUUUGGUAUGUAUGAAAGGCUACUUGGACGACUCUUGCUUGUUGACAGAGACACAGUUGAGAAGAGGGUGUUGCAGUUUGAUGUGUUUAAGAUGCAUAGAAGUGUUGAAACUACCAAUCCGCUGUUUAAGCUUAUUUAUAUUGUUAGAAACGGAACUCAAGAAGAGGCCAACAAAUGGUAUUUGCAGAUCAAGGACAGUAUUGCAGGCGGGAAGAUUGAGCAAGAGGUGUUAGAAGAAUAUGGAAUACGUUCAUUUAAGAACGGAGACUUUGAAGCGUCGUAUGAAGUGCUUUCAAAGUGCCAUCCUGCAAUGUCCACUGAAUGUAAGCUGUAUGUUGAGCUUUUGUGUGUGAUUCUGAACGAUAGGAUCCGAGGAAGUCCUGCUCACAAGAGAUUUGUUGAGGAGUUUAUGGAGUUCAGCGAAAACAGGUUUUGCCUGAGAUCUGGUAAUAGUAGAGUGGAGGCACAAAGGGCGUUUUAUCUGCUGAAUAUGUAUGAUGUUGACGGAACAGCAGAAAUAAUAAGAAGGCAUUGUAAGUGCUUUGAUGAGAAUGUAUGGCUCAGAGGGUUUGUGAAUACCAGAUUAAUAGGCUAA